AUGGAUGAAGAAGAUUGGCAUAUGCAUAUUGACGCCAGCCACAAUAAUGAUGACGAGCAAGAUGUGAUGAUGAUGAUUGCAAACAAUGCUCCAUCUUCAUCAUCAUCAUCAAUGGCGCAUUCUUCCAAUGUGGCCAUGUUAGCAUUAAGACGACCGCGAUCGAGCUCGGAUAAUAUGAUGAUGUUGCCCACCAUUGUACCAUCUACUACUACAACAGGACCUUCAUUAGCCUCAUCACCUUUGUCACCUACAUCAUCAAGUAGUCGAUCAUCAACAGCUGCAUUCGUUACCCAUCAUCGGCAUUCAGUGGAUCCUACUCGACGGCAUCAUCAUUUAUCUACGGGAUCAUGGUCACAGGAUAUGCGACGUGCAAUGUCAGCUACCUUGCAAAGAUACGAGUUUGAACUACGAUUUUUACGAGACCAAUGGAUACACAUUUGUAUCACGUCGCGAUCAUUGCGUUCUUCAUAUGAUGCGGUGCCCCACAACAACGACACUAAUAACGAUGAUCCAAGCGAUGAAUACAUUUUCCCAAUACCUGGAACCAUUGCAAUUGAUACCUUUUAUGUCCCACCUCGAAGACCACCAUCAGCGAUCCAAAACAAUAACAACAACCGUACAUCACGACGAGGUCGCGGUAGUAGACCUCGAGGACGUCCUCCUCGAAGAUCACAAUCAUCAUCAUCAUCCACCAGAGGCGAAGAACAGCAGCUCAUGGAAGAGGAAAUUGAGUAUGAAAUGCUCUUGUCCCUGGAUGAGAAUCUCUUGCAGAUACGACAAUUAGAGGUCAGAAUUGAACAACUCGAAAACGAUAUCCAAGGCAUCAUGCGCAACAUGUUUACCCAAUAA